AUGCUUCGCGGGAGUGUUUGCCUGGUGCUUGGAGCCCUCACGUUCCUCCGGGUAGAGGGCACUGCGCAGGGCGCACUCAAGCUGGAUAACUACACCUUCAGCAAGGUGACCAACCUCCCUGGUUGGAGCUUUCUAGUUAAGUUUGACCAGUCCUAUGCUUAUGGGGAGAAAGAGGAUGAAUUCAAGCUCCUUUGCAAACAUGCUCACCAAGUGCCGAAUUUCAUGAUCGCCGAGGUUCCAGUGCAGGAGUAUGGUGACAAAGAGAACGACGAUCUCCGCGGCCAGUUUAAGCUGACCAAAGAAGACUUUCCAGCUUACUUCCUCAUCAAUGAGGCAUAUCCAUCUGGAAACCGCUAUUCAGGGGCAAUCAAAGCCGAUUUGUUGGUGAAUUGGCUUCGAAGGCAAGAGAUUAAAGUUCCAUCUCUUGGAACGAUCAACGAGUUGGAUGUUUUGGCAGCGAAGUUCAUGAAGGACGGAUUUUCCGAUGAAGCACUGGCAGAAGCCAAAAGCGUCGCAGAUCAGCUGUCAGAUAAGAAGGCUGGCAUCUACAUCAAAAUCAUGCAGAAGAUAAGGGAAAAGGGAGAGGGCUACGUGGCUGCAGAGCUUGCGCGUGUUGCCAAGAUCUCUGUCUCCCUGGCCUCUGAAAAGAAGGCCGAAUUAGAGGAAAAACUGAAGAUUUUGGGCAUCUUCCACGAGGCAAACACCAAGGAGGAACUUUGA